GGUACACAGCAACCAUUCCACCAUUGUUUCUAGGAAGCUGCCUGGAGGAUGUAAGCCACCCUUUUUGUCUCUGUUGUGAUAACUUUCUUGCUUAACACACACACUUCACCCCAUCUUUCUCUUUCAAAAGAAUCCCUUCUUGUUUGUUAAGCAACACUAGAGCAACAUAUACUUUCCUGUUGUGUGACAAUAACUAUGACAAUGGUGACGAAGAUGGUGAUGGUUCUUGUUUUUGUGGCAGCCAAUACUGGUGUGAAAUGGGUCGGAGCACAAGUGCAUCACGUGGUCGGAGGUGACCGUGGCUGGGACCCUUCAUUUGACGUUGCAUCUUGGUCUUCCGGCAGGAUCUUCAGGGUCGGAGACAAAAUCUGUUUCCCCUCCUCUGCAGCACAGGAGAGCAUCGUAGAGGUAAAGAGCAAGGAUGAAUAUGAGUCGUGUGAUGUAGGAAACCCCAUAAGGAUAUAUACAGUGGGCUUAGAUGGCAUCGAAUUGGAUGGGGAAGGGAUUCGAUACUUCAUGAGCAGCAAGCCUGAGAGCUGCAAAAAGGGUCUAAAGCUACACGUGGAAUUAAUGCCUUUGCAGAGCCCAGAAUUCCCACAGACAUUGUCAGAGUCAGACAACUCUUAUUGGAGCAUAGCCGCCGCGCCGACAACCCCUUCUCCAUCGGUCCAGCUUUAUGGGAACUUCCCAAUUUUAUCACUUGGGCUCUUGCUUUGCACUUCUAUGGCUAUUUAGUUGGCUUAUUACUCAUCCUUUUUAUAGCUUAUGUUUGCCCUAUGCUCUAUAUCCUAUAAUAAAUCUAAUGUAGUUUUGCAAAACUGGACAAGGCAAGGUAAAAUAAUUUAAUAA